AGUUGCUUCAUGUGACACUUCAGAGGAAACAACGUCUACAUUUUUGGAAAACACGUUUCCUCUCCUCCCAUGGUUUCCUUGAGGGAAACGUGGAUGCCACGAAGAGACUUGGGAUGUACUCUUGGUGUUUUACACCCUAAACGUAGUUUCACAGUCAGUGAUCGAUGUCCAAGUGUUGUGCAUCAGUCGUCAAAGAGGAUACAACUGAGUGCACACGUUCACCAGAAGUGCAGCAGACUUCAAAGUUUGAGGCUGUUUAUAACUAUAUGAUUUGCUAUGGAUUUGCUCCUUAUGGUUUAGAUAUGUUAUGUAUGUUAUUUUCAGGUUAACUUGUCAUAGUUAAGUUGUGAGUCGGCUAUAUGGUUAAUUUAACGUGAUAGAGUUGAUGUAUUUAUGUUCAUUAUUUGAUUCCCCAGAAUGCAGCAGUGCAGCACCCUCUGCUGGUAAAGAGUGGGAGGAGUACACUCAGAUCAGAGGCUUGGUGGAGAAGAUCCGCAAGAAACAGAAGGGUAUGUCGAUAGUCUUCGAUGGUAGCAGAGAUGACUACUUUCCAGACUUGAUGUCCUGGGCUCAGGAAAACGGGGCGUCCUGCGACAGCUUCACUGUGGACAACUUUGGGACGGAGGGCUACGGCCUGCGGGCCACCAGAAACAUCAAGGCAGAGGAACUGUUCCUGUGGAUUCCCAGGAAGAUGCUGAUGACUGUGGAGUCGGCCCAGAACUCUGUACUUGGUCCUCUGUACAGCCAGGACAGGAUCCUACAGGCUAUGGGCAACGUGACGCUGGCCUUCCACCUGCUGUGUGAGCGGGAACCCGAUUCAUCCUGGCUGCCGUACAUCCGCAGUCUUCCUCUUGAGUACGACACGCCGCUUUUCUACCAGCAGGACGAGGUGCAGGUGCUGCUGGGCACACAGGCAGUGCAGGACGUCCUGAGCCAGUAUAAAAACACUGCACGUCAGUACGCUUACUUCUACAAACUAGUACAGACUCAUCCCGCCGCCAGCAAACUGCCCCUGAAGGACAGCUUCACAUUUGAUGACUACAGGUGGGCAGUGUCUUCGGUGAUGACACGCCAGAACCAGAUCCCAACUGAGGACGGCAGCCGCAUCACUCUGGCCCUCAUCCCCGUCUGGGACAUGUGUAAUCACACCAAUGGACUGAUCACCACCGGCUACAACCUGGAGGAUGAUCGCUGUGAAUGUGUGGCACUGCAGGACUACAAAGAGAACGAACAGAUCUACAUCUUCUAUGGCACAAGAUCCAAUGCUGAGUUUGUCAUCCACAAUGGCUUCUUCUUUCAAGACAAUGCCCACGACCGAGUGAAGAUCAAGCUGGGCGUCAGUAAGAGCGAGCGCCUUUACGCCAUGAAGGCGGAAGUGCUCGCACGAGCCGGCAUCCCAGCGUCCUGUAUCUUUGCUCUGCACUGUAAUGAACCCCCCAUAUCAGCCCAGCUCCUGGCCUUCCUUAGAGUCUUCUGCAUGACAGAGGAGGAAUUGAAUGAUUACCUGCUCGGAGAUCGUGCCAUCAAUAAGAUCUUUACUCUGGGCAACAGCGAGUUCCCUGUCAGCUGGGAGAAUGAGAUCAAGUUGUGGACUUUCCUUGAGACCCGAGCUGCUCUUCUGCUCAAGACCUACAAGACCACCUCACAGGAGGACCGCUCCACACUUGAGAACCCAGAUCUAUCUCUCCAUUCUCGAGUGUCAAUCCAACUCCGCAUGGCUGAGAAACAGAUCUUAGAGAAGGCGUCGGCCAGUGGACGGGCCAAACGUCUGUGCUUUGAGAAGAAGCUAGAGGAGGGAGCUCCAUUGCCUGUGUACGAGGAAAGCGACAUCGCCUUGCUGGAGAAUACUGACGCAGAUGCAAAGCUUCCCAUCAUUCUACGCAAGCUGAAAGGGGUAGAAGAAGACCAGGAGGUCCAGGUGGAGGAGCACAGUCACUUCCUGAAUGGGGACAAGGCUGUGUAUGCUAUGGAUAUGGAGGCUAAUGGAGAGUCAGUGCAGGAGGUGACUCAGGAGAAGGUCAGCAGAGAUGUUGAUUCAGCCUUGGACUUGAUUGGAAGUUCAACCCCGAUGGGCCGACAGGAAGUGGCCGACCUAAGUGCCAGUCGAACUGAAGAUAAUCCCAAAGAGAACAGUCAAUAAAUGUAUUCCAUUUACGGCCACAGCCCUUGCUAUUUAUUUAUUUUUGUGUCUCUUAAAUGACUCAGAAAUAUAGAAGCUGAAAAUAUUUGAAUUAAAAGUCACAUAACUUCA